UAAAACGUCCUAAAACGAGCCAGGAAGCUGGAGUUGGUCUCCUCAGUUAGCUGCGCCUCCUCGGGAUGUUGACAUUAUCGAGCACAGCCUGUAGGGUCCAAACGGGACAGGCGCACUUUGCAAACCGGUCGCUCUCUAGACCCCAGCCUGCUGUGGAUUUGAAGCUCGGUGUGUGAGUGUCUGUCUGUGUGUGCGUGUGUGUGUGUGUGUGUGUGCGUGUGUGUGUGUGCGUGCGUGUGUGUGUGUGUGUGUGCGUUUGUGUUUGUGUGUGUGAGUGUGCGUGUGUGUUUGUGCGUGUCAUAGCCGGGGCAGCAAGCAAGCCCCUAAUUGCGAUUCGGACAACAAGCGUUGGAGAUAUCUUUCAAACGGAAUACUUUGAGGAACCCAAGAGAGAACCGGGACAGGGAACAUGAACCCGCCUUGUGCGCGCUGCGGGAAGGUGGUGUACCCCACGGAGAGAGUGAACUGUCUGGACAAGAACUGGCAUAAAGGGUGUUUCCACUGCGAGGUUUGCAAGAUGACCCUGAAUAUGAAGAAUUACAAAGGUUACGACAAGACGCCCUACUGCAACGCACACUAUCCUAAGACGUCGUUCACCACUGUUAAGGACACUCCAGAGAACAUGAGACUGAGGCAACAGAGCGAAUUACAGAGCCAGGUGAAGUAUAAGAAGGACUUUGAGGAGAGUAAGGGGCGUGGCUUCAGCAUGGUCUCUGACACUCCGGAGAUGCAGAGACUCAGACGAACUCAGGAGCACAUCAGUAAUGUACGCACACACACUUGUGCACGCGCUCACUCACACACACCCUUGCUUAAUGACCGCAUUUCCAUCCAUGUUGAGGAGGGCACACUUUGA